UGCAGCAUCCUCUUUCUUCCUCUCUCUCUCUGUCGCCUCCUCUGCCUGUCGGCUUUUGUUUACAUAUUUCCUCAUCAAACUGACUGUUUUCAGUGCCAGCCAACUGCAUUCGCCUUUAAGAGGACAUGUAGAUGCGGAACACAGAGCGGUUUUACUAUGUUCUGACCUUUCAUCUCAGUAUCUCACAGGGUGGACCAGAUUUGGAAGGGGUCUUGCUCUGUCCUGGAGUUUCAGUGGUCUAUCAGUCAUCCAGUUUGGUGCCUGCUGCAUUGCUGUGCAUUUCCUGCACUGCAUGCUGACAGCUCUUAUAGUCUCGGUGUGGUGUGUUGCCUGAAGAAAACUAAAGAAACCCCCACCCCCCACCCUCUACCCAUCAUCACCCAUCUCUGUCUGGGGAGGAUCUCCGUGGCAGUUCAGCUAAGACCAUUGGAGGGGAAAUAGUGACAAAAAGGAAGAUAGGAGUGAGAGACAAAGCAGUUUUGCACAGGGUGAAGAGCACAUUAUUGUUAAACGGCAAAGACGAGAGUCAGAGCUGCAUGAGGCAAGAAAGAGUGAGCUUUGAUUUAUUAAUUCCAUUCUUGAAUCUCACUUGAAGGUGACUCUGAACUCUUCCACCUUUGGGAUCUGAUUUUUGCACUUCAGAAUUGCAUCCUUGUUCUUCAGAACUUCCAGGACGAGCAGUGUCAUAUCCCCUGCUAAUCUGAGCCAGUUCUUCUACAGUUAACAGCCAUGCAGGUGUCCUUUGCAUGUACGGAUCACGGGCUUAAGGCCCCGCGGACAAGCGAACCAAAUAAGCAGAACACUUCGAGUCCAAGCACGGCUAGCGCAGCACGGGCUCGGUUCCGAACAGUGGCGCUGAUCGCUCGCAGUCUGGGUUCCUUCUCACACAGACACCAUAUUUCUCUUAAAGAGUCCACUGGGAAACUUACCGGCAUGAAGUACAGGAAUCUUGGGAAGUCAGGACUACGAGUGUCAUGUCUUGGACUUGGCACUUGGGUGACGUUUGGGGGGCAGAUUUCAGAUGAGGUGGCAGAGCAGCUAAUGACUAUAGCCUAUGAAAACGGUGUCAACCUCUUUGACACUGCAGAGGUCUACUCAGCUGGGAAAGCUGAAAUAAUCCUAGGAAACAUUAUCAAGAAGAAGUGUUGGAGGAGAUCCAGUCUGGUUAUCACUACCAAGCUCUACUGGGGAGGAAAGGCUGAGACAGAGCGUGGGCUCUCAAGGAAGCACAUUAUUGAAGGUCUGAAGGGUUCCUUGCAGAGGUUACAGCUAGAAUAUGUGGAUGUGGUUUUUGCCAAUCGCCCUGACAGCAACACACCUAUGGAGGAGAUAGUGAGAGCCAUGACUCAUGUCAUUAAUCAUGGCAUGUCCAUGUACUGGGGAACGUCACGCUGGUCAGCUAUGGAGAUCAUGGAGGCGUACUCUGUCGCAAGGCAAUUUAAUCUUAUUCCUCCUGUGUGUGAACAGGCAGAAUAUCAUUUUUUUCAAAGGAAUAAAGUAGAGAUGCAAUUGCCUGAACUGUACCAUAAGAUAGGUGUUGGUGUGGUGUCCUGGUCCCCUCUGGCUUGUGGGAUCAUUACAGGAAAGUACGAGAAAGGCAUUCCAGAAUCCUCCAGGGCCUCUCAGAAGUCAUACCAGUGGCUGAAGGAGAAGAUUCUGAGUGAGGAUGGCAGAAAGCAGCAGGCCAAGCUUAAGGAGUUGACCCACAUUGCUGAGAGGCUCAGCUGUACCCUGCCACAACUUGCCAUCGCCUGGUGCCUCCGUAAUGAAGGAGUGAGUUCUGUUCUCCUGGGUACCUCUAACCCUGCACAGCUCACUGAGAACCUGGGGGCGAUACAGGUUCUUUCAAAGAUCACCUCUCAUGUGGCCACAGAUAUUGACAAAAUCUUGUGCAACCGCCCCCACAGUAAGAAAGACUACCAUCAAUAGGCCUUCCUGUGAACUUGUACUACUUGAGACUCAGGAUCCCAGCCCUCUUGUGUCGACGGGUAUCCGUAGUUAUGUGAUUCCACAUUUGUGUGUCUAUCUCAACUUCUCCUGCAGAGAUCCAUCGUUACUGUUACAGUAGAAAUGCUAAAGUGUUAUGCAUGCUUCUGUUCAACCUAAACCUGAGCUCAACCUUGCGUGUAGAUCUCUGUGAAGACACACCUGCCUGUGAAGCACAAAAGAUCCUGGACUCCCUCAUCCAUGGGAUUAUGCAUUCAGCUGUCCAUCACCCAUAUGUGCCAAAGUAAACCCUGGUCUUGACCUUAAAAGGUCCUCAAUAAUGGGUAGACAGAGGGACACAUGACAGGCCCUUGUGAGGGAAUGGUCCUGAUUAUUGUCUAUUAAAAGAACAUACUGUAGGUAAACAUUUCAUAUUGUGCUGAGAAUGUAAAUACUAAGAACUGUGAAAUGUGGCAGAGCAGCAUGUAGAGUUGAACAGGGUAAGAUGUGUGCAUCAGUAACAAAUGUGUUGGAUUAAAAAGCCAUCAACAGCAGAGUGGGCUGUUAUUUUGUUAAUAUGAUCUCAAAAAUUUUCCACAUUUUGUCUCAAGCAUCUUGAAAUGCGUUACGACUGUGUGUUUCCCUAUGUGAUCCCUGAAACUUGUGCUCUGUCUGAUCUGUCCAUAAUUUCUUCUUUCCUUUCUGCUUUUAAUGAAUACUAUAACUUUAUUCUAUCACACUAGUUAAAGGAAUAGUUCACCCAAAAAUGAAAAUUCUCUCAUCAUUUACU